AUGGUGAACCGACGCAGUGGAAUAGGGUACGAACAUGAAGAAAACUCUAGAGCGAACCCCGACUUAGCCCAAAUCAUGCAAUCGUUCAUUGCUGCCCUGAAUGCUAACCGCCAGAACCAUCCCCAUAACGACGGACCCAUGACUCGAACUCAAACAAUGAAUGAGUUCUGCAAACGCCGACCUCCGACCUUCCUCGGAGACACCAACCCUGUCGUGGCCGAGACAUGGCUGAAUGAGAUCAAGAUGAUCCUCCGAACCUUAGGAAUCACCCAGGAUGGAGAUCGAGUGGCUUUGACCACUUACCAACUGAAGGGAGAAGCCCGCUACUGGUGGGACUUGAUGGAAGCAACCCAUGACGUUGACACCAUGACCCUUGCUGAGUUCGAGACCCUGUUUCUCGACAAGUAUUUUCCCACACCUCUCCGCUUAGUCAAAGAACAGGAGUUCCUGAACCUGAAACAAGGAACAAUGACCGUCACUCAGGACGCGGCUAAGUUUGAGGAAUUGUCUCGUUACGCCUUAACCUCUAUACCAACCGAGGACAAGAAGGCGAGGAGGUUCGAGUGGGGACUGACCACUGCACGGAGGGCCGUGGUAGCUCAAGCCUUUACCACAUAUGCUGAAGUGGUGAAGUGUGCUCUCAGGCUGGAUAGUGAGGAGACUAAUUUCAAGACCCGAUGGAGAAAGGCGAUAGGCAAUACUGGUGGACCGAUCCGAACCCAGACUUCCAACAACAACCGUGGGCGUGGCGAACCGCAGAGGAAUGGCCAAAAUAGAGCAACAGUCCAGUGCUUCAACUGCCAGGCUAUGGGACACUACAAACGUGAUUGCCCCCAGCCCCAGAAAGAGAGGAAUGGGAGCUUUGGCAACCAGAAGACUCAACAGCCUGGGCAGGCCAGUUUUGUGAAGCAGAACCCUGGAGGUCCAGCACAGCAACAGAAUGGGCAGAGUAAAGGAAAGCAGCCCAUGGGAGCACAACAAGGCACUGGAGGGCGUAUCUUUGCACUGCAGACCGAGGAGCAAGAGCCGGAUCGCUCUGUGAUCCAAGCUAGUCUCCAAAUGGAAGAAACCGACAGGAUGGAACUGGGAUUGCCACACAUCGUUUGCGAGUACGCCGAUGUUUUUCUAGAAGAACUUCCUGGCUUACCACCUCAAAGGGAGAUAGAUUUCUCCAUAGAACUACAACCAGGGACCGCCCCAAUUUCCAUGGCCCCGUACCAAAUGGCCCCUGCCGAACUAAAAGAACUCAAGACUCGAUUGCAAGAGCUGUUGGAUAAAGGAUUCAUCAGACCAAGCACGUCACCUUGGGGAGCACUAGCAUUGUUCGUGAAGAAGAAGGAAGGAACACUCCGACUGUGCUAUCAUCAGUUGAGGAUUCAGGAUGAGGAUAUUGCCAAGACGGCUUUUCGCACCAGAUACGGCCACUACGAGUUUUUUGUAGUGGUGUUCAUUGACGACAUCUUGAUUUACUCCGCCAACAAGAAGGAGCACAAAGAACAUCUUCGGAUGGCACUACAAGUACUCCGAGAUAACCAACUUUAUGUCAAGGCCAGUAAAUGCGAGUUUUGGCUAGAAGUGGUUAAGUUCUUGGGGCAUGUAGUAUCCGAGGACGGAAUCGCAGUGGAUGAGAGCAAGGUCGAAGCAGUGCUGAAGUGGAAACAGUCGACCUCCGUGUUCAAAAUUAGGAGUUUUCUAGGAUUGGCUGGGUAUUACCGAAGAUUCAUAUCGGACUUCUCAAUCUUAGCUAAACCAAUGACCAGGCUAACUCAGAAAGGACGUUACUACCUCUGGGGAGAACAAUUCAAAGUUUUUACCGACCACAAGAGCCUCAAGUAUCUUUUCACUCAAAAGGAGUUAAACCUGAGGCAGUGUCGAUGGAUGGAAUACUUGGAGGACUACAAGUUUACAUUGCAGUAUCACCCUGGCAAAACCAACGUGGUAGCUAACGCUUUGAGUCGGAAGGACAGAGCACAGAAGGUCAAGACUGCCAUUAAGGAAUGGGAAAUGGUAGACACCCUCAACGAGUUCAACUUGUGA